CUCACCUCUGUUACAAAGUCAACUACACUUGUAUUUUAAGAGUAGAAAAUUAAGUAGACACAUUCAACUGAAAUAAAAAGACUGAAAUAUGAUCAAGACCAUAAUCCAGUUGCAUUUGGUUAAGAGAGAAAAGUUUAACAAAUAACUUAUUAAGUUACAGCUUGAUUCAAAGCUCAGCAUUAAACUUUGCCCUUUUCUUAUGAAAGAUCUCUUUGUUAGUAGAAGUGAGGAUACUAUAGCUUGAGUUAUUACAUUGAAUCUGGAUAAUUCAGAAUGCACAUUAAAGUUUAAAUUUCAAGAGACUUGCAGAUUCAGAAAAAAAGGCUUUUCUUGAUAUGCUGGUGCUCUACCAUUUUUAAAUAUUUGUUUAAAAUACCAGUUGUCUGGUUUUUCUACUGUAUAAGUAAUUUCAACUGAAAGGAGUACUCUUGAAGAUAUAUUUUCUUUUACAUUCUAGUUUAAAAUAGCUAUUUUCUGGUUAAGACAAUGCUCCCAAAAUAGAAAUAACCAAUAGAAAAAUUAUGAGAGGCGGUAGCCUUCAAUUAAGAAUUUCACUAAAGAGAGAUACUUGGUUUUCAUAAAUAGGACAAUAAAAUCUCAAACUAGGAUCUUUCUCUUCAAAUCCUCAUUCACCAGUACAAGCUUCCAGGAUAAGCUGAGCCAGUCCCCAUCCUGAGAGACAAAUUGGUUGUGAAUAUAAAACAGGUGGAAAACUUUGCAUAUUCUUUAAAUUCCAAAGUCCUUCACUCUUGGCUUCUUUGGAACUCUGGCUGGGAGAGAUUUAAAGAUUAUCUUCCCACACUGUACUUUGAAACAAGUAACAAUCCAGAAGCAAGCUAAGCUGCAUUAUUUUGUGCAAUGGCUGAUACUUUCACCGAGAUUGUGGAAAAACAGGAGCUACCAUAUACAUUAAUAAAUGUCAUUGGCGGUCCAGAUGGAGUUUAUGAAGACCACAUAGAGUUUCUGGAGAAACAUCUGAAACUUGUCACCAUGCAGGAAUAUCUGAAAAACAAGCAGGUGCUUAAUGAAAAAAUCCAAGCAAUAUUUAUGUGGGCCGGUAAACCUGGAGCUACCAGGGAUCUUCUGGAAGAGCUUCGUAAUUUAAAAGUGAUUGCAGUCUCGGGUGUAGGAAUAGACCACCUUGAUUUAAAACUGAUCUUUGGCUUUGGUAUAAGAGUAACCAAUACUCCCUUUGAAGUGUCCAAUUCAACAGCUGAUAUAGGAAUGGCUUUGAUGCUGGCUUCCGCUAGAAGAGUUGUAGAAGGUUAUCAGAUUGCAGUUUCCCCUGACACUAAACAUUUUAAUAUCGACUGGCUGGGACAAGAAAUAACUGGUGCAACUCUAGGAAUCAUUGGAAUGGGCCGGAUUGGUUACAAGGUGGCUCAAAGAGCUAAAGCUUUUGAGAUGAAAAUUCUUUAUCAUAACCGAAACCAAAGAAAUGAGGCAGAUGAACAGGCUGUUGGUGCGGUUUAUUGCCAGAAAAUGGAAGAUUUACUUCCACAAGCUGACUUUGUGAUGCUGGCUGUGAAUCUGACCCCUCAGACAUGCAAGUUGAUCGGGAGAAAGGAACUAGAACUUAUGAAGCCCACAGCCACUCUUAUCAACAUCUGUAGAGGUCAAGUGGUUGAUCAAGAUGCACUUCUGAAAGCCCUCCAAACAAAAACAAUUAAGGCUGCAGCUUUGGAUGUAACGUAUCCAGAGCCACUGCCAAGAGGUCAUGCUUUAUUGGAGUUAAAGAAUGUCAUCAUAACACCCCAUAUUGGAUCUGCAACUUCCCAAGCCCGCCGCCAUAUGAUGGAAAGGAUGGUUGAAAGUAUUCUGGCAGUUGUAAAAGGGCUCCCAGUCACUAAUGAAGUCCAUGAUUAACAUAUGCUUUGAUGAGAUAAAGUAUUUUUACAUUUGUCUUUAAAUGUUUAUACCAGAGGUCUCCAAACUUGGCAACUUUAAGACUUAGGGUCUUCAACUCCCAGAAUUCCUCAGCCAGCCAUGGUGACUGGGGAAUUCUGGGAGUUGAAGUCCACAAGGCAUAAAGUCACCAGAUUUGGAAGUCCCUAGUUUAUACCAAAGUAACGGAUUUGAUUUUUGACAACAAAUCUCCAUUUAGUUUUUGGGGGAGGGGGGGAGCACGCUUUUGAGUAUGUUUUGUUCAUUUAUAUUGUUCCGUUUGUUCUAUAGAGCUUUGUUAAAUGGAGAGCAAAACAAACCUGAAAAAUAAAAGUAUCUGUCAUCCCUUUUCACUGGA